AUUUUUAUUUUCAAAACAACUUUUUGGUAAUUGCACAGAGGGGAAUUCAAAUCACUUCAGAUAAGUAACAUAUUUCAAUGCUAUAACAUUAUUCAGUAUUGGCUAAUCUGUACAAUUAAGUAUUCAGCUGCCUUACAAUUUAAGUCUAUACAGAAUUAACAAAUGCUUUAUUAACCAUUAAUAAGCCUUAUUAGAGAGUGGUAGCCUACCAAAAAGGGCAGGGAACUCACCAUGAAACUUUAUUAAAUGACUCAUUAACCAUUAAUGAAGCCAGUGGUUACAGCUUAUGACCCUCUAUAAAGGGGGGCUAUUGAGAAAGUUGUUUUGCAGUAAUGCAGUGGGUCUCCGUCAGGAAAGCUUUCAGCAUCAUCAUCAUCAUCAUCAUCGCUGCUGCUGCUAAUGAGCUGUCGGAGUGGGAUGUGAAACAUGUGUCACACGUCAGUGGAUGUCAGCUGCGUCCCGCAGGGCGCCGUCAGUGCGUGGAGGAAACUCCAGGGCUGCAGAUCAAACCGCGGAGCUCUGCGUUCCGCUCCGAGCGGAGAGUCAGAGCAGACAUGCCUGAAUCCCUGAAAGUUUAGUCUUGCUUUUCCGUCAUCUCAAACUUAAAAUAGCCCACACUUGGAGCUGAUCGGUGCGAGGAGCCAGCGCAGCGGUUUGCUCGCCAGUAGAAGUGAGGUCAGAGCGGAGCGAGCGGCGGAGCGAGCGGCGGAGCGGUGCCGCGCUCGGUUUUCACGCGCAAAGGGAAAAGAGUGAUCCGGCAGUACCGGGAAUCCAAGAGGGGAAUGGAAAUUACAAACGGUAUUGGAAUUAUGUUGAAGUGAAAACUCCAACAGCUUGAUCAUCGACUGCAUCUCCUGGACAUAGAAACGCAGAAAGCGAUGGCCUUGAACUCCGUUGUAAAGCUGUGUCCCUGUAACCACAUCUCAGCAAUUAACAGGAGGUUGUGACAGUUUGGGUGUCUUCAGAGUCCCAGGCACAGCAGAGGUGUGAAGAUGGAGUCCUGACCUCAGGUGGUUCUUCCACCUCAUAACCCUCACCCUAUUCACUUCUCACCUCUCAGAUCUGGGGACAGAGGACUUCUCCACCAUGUAGUCUGCUCAGAGUAGACACACCGAACCUUUUUCUUAUAGCAGCGACCCUAGAGACUGCCUAUGAUCCCUGCAAACAAGCUUAGUUAGCGCCAGCAGAUAUGGCACAAAGUCUGCCAGCUAACUUUUCAGGCAACAGGAGCAACAAAGCCAGUUAGAGCUGAGCUUCUAACUCUAAGGAGAACAAAGGACGGAGUGAUUGUUUCCUCUGACCUGCACAAUCAAACACAGCACAGCAAAGACUGCAUCGGAACCACAAUUCUUCCACGUCUGGCUCAUCCACAAUGGAAUUUCCAGCUCACAAAGCAGCACCAAAGCAACCCUUCUCCCUCCAUGGACUGGUCGUCUGUUUCUGUUGGUGUGGGAGUGAGAGACGUGGAGGCUGUGAUUAGCGGGCUGAGCCCGUGAGUGAACCUAUGGCAGAGAGACAGCACAGUGCAGGUUCCUUUGUAUGACUCUACGAUGGACCAUAUCAUCUGCUGCCUGCUGGUACUGGGAGCCACAGUGAUGAUCACCCAUGCAUGCCCCAAAUACUGUGUAUGCCAGAAUCUGUCUGAGUCCCUGGGGACAUUGUGUCCCUCCAAAGGUCUUCUUUUCGUGCCUUUGGACAUUGACCGCAGCACGGUGGAGCUCCGUCUAGGAGGCAACUACAUCCUCCGCAUUACGCAGCAGGACUUUGCCAAUAUGACCGACCUGGUGGACCUGACCCUCUCCAGGAACACCAUCAGCUACAUUCAGCCCUUCUCCUUUGGUGACUUGGAAACACUGCGCUCGCUUCAUCUGGACAACAACCGUUUGAUGGAGCUAGGCUCUGAUGACUUGAGAGGCUUGGUCAACCUGCAGCACCUCAUCGUUAACAACAACCAACUGGGAAGCAUCCAUGACAAGGCCUUUGAGGACCUAGCACCUGCCUUGGAGGAUCUGGAUCUCUCCUACAACAACCUGAUGUCUCUGCCCUGGGACUCAGUCCGCCAGAUGAUUAACCUGCACCAGUUAAGUCUGGACCACAAUCUGUUGGACUUUAUUCCAGAGGGCACCUUCACUGACCUGGAAAGGCUGGCGAGAUUGGACCUGACCUCGAAUCGCUUGCAGAAGCUACCCCCAGACCCCAUGUUUGCCCGUGCCCAGGACAUAAUGAUCCUGACUACACCCUAUGCUCCCCAGCUGUCCCUAAGCCUAGGCGGGAACCCACUGCACUGCAACUGUGAGAUGCUGUGGCUGCGGAGGCUUGAGAGAGAUGAUGACCUGGAGACUUGUGCCUCCCCUCCUACCCUGAAGGGUCGUUACUUUUGGAAUGUGAAGGAGGAGGAGUUUGUGUGUCAGCCACCUCUCAUUACCCAGCACACCCAUAGAAUGCUGGUCUUGGAGGGCCAGACGGCUAGCCUAAGGUGCGAAGCAACUGGAGACCCUUCUCCUACCAUCCACUGGAUCUCCCCUGAUGAUCAGCUGCUUGGCAACUCCUCCCGAACUGCAGUGUACAGCAAUGGAACCCUGAGCAUCACUAUCACCACCUCCAAGGACUACGGCACCUUUACCUGCAUUGCCGCUAACGUGGCUGGGGAGUCCACCGCCUCCGUGGAGGUGUCCAUUGUCCAGCUCCCCCACCUCAGCAAUGGCACCGGGCAGCCAGCACCACCAAAGUCACGCCUCUCUGAUAUCACAGGGACCACCAGGAUCAGCAAGGGGGGUCCCAAAAGCCAACCUGAGAAGACUGUGUCUGUCUCCGAGGUAACAGCUGUUUCAGUGCUGGUCAAGUGGACAGUGAGCAAGUCAGCUCCCAAGGUGAAGAUGUACCAGCUCCAGUACAACUGCUCUGAUGAUGAAGUUCUGAUCUACAGGAUGAUCCCGGCCUCCAGCAAAGCUUUCUUGGUGACAAAUCUGGUGUCGGGGACCCGCUAUGAUCUGUGUGUGCUGGCCGCCUGGGAUGACACGGCCACCACGCUCACAGCCACCAACGUCGUGGGCUGCACCCAUUUUUUCACCCAGGAUGACUACCCUCAGUGCCAGUCUCUGUCCAGCCAGCUUCUGGGAGGCACCAUGAUCCUGGUGGUGGGGGGCAUCAUUGUGGCCACUCUGCUCGUGUUCAUCGUCAUCCUCAUGCUGCGCUACAAAGCUGCAGAUACGGAACCUAUGGCGGGAAAGCUGACCAGUGUCAGUGAAACACACUGUCAGACCAACGGGGGUCGACUCGGGCAAAAUGGACUUCUUAUGUCCCAGUCUCAGCCGCAGGCUCAGCCUGAGCCAAAGGUCAAGGCCAAAGUGACUCUGCAGGACGAGGUAGUGGAGUUCAAGUGUGGCUCCCUCCAGAGCAGUCUCACCUCUUCUUCCUCGUCUUCAGGCUCCAUGGCCGGGGGCUCUUACAGCCCCAACAGCACACUUGCCAACAUUUGGAGUUCCGCUCCCUCCAAGCCCCGGUCCAACCUGAACCACCUCCUCGGGGCCUUCACCUCACUGGAGCUACGGGGAGCGCAGGGCCGCGACCCGGGAGCUUCCAGUAGCACUGCAAUGGUGGUAGCGAAACCCCACACAGACCGAGAGCCACUGCUGGGCCGGACACUGGACUCCAGCCUCAGCCGGCUCCUCAUGCUACCUCUGGACUCCAAGCCAAAAAGGAGCCAGUCCUUCGACAUGGGAGAUGUAACAGGCGCCGGAACCGCUCAGCUGUGCAACAAAACACGCAGGAUUAGCAGCAUCUGGACUAAGAGGAGCCUGUCUGUAAAUGGCAUGCUGCUGCAGUGUGAGGAGGAGGGGGACACAGGAGGGAGCAAGGGGACAAUAGACAGUGCAGACUGGGUGAUGGAGAGUACUGUCUAGGAAAGAUGGAGGACCAUCACACUGUCAAACAAUGCCCAUAUGGACGCCAACAGCCAUGCCAAGACAGACCUGCUGGUCUAAGAGCCUUUGUCCUGCAUGAAGCACACUCAUUUUUAUCGCUUCCACUCCACUGCUCAGACUCAAGUGAGACAGGACGAGGGGUUUUCACAAUUAUAGCCAAAUUCAAACUUUAGGAAUAAUACCUUUGAGUUGUUUUGCCUCACACUUUGUACAGAGAUGGAUUAAAAUGGCUGAUCAGCCACUAAGAGCUGAAGGGAAAUGACAGAGCAGUGCUGUCUGGUACAGAAAUACGUGGGUAUGCCCACAUAUUGCUAUUAUACAGUACUGUAAAUUUAAAGUAUGUAAUGAAAUUAAAGUUUUAUAUUUUCUUUCUGGUCAAACACAAAUGACCCAUUACUGGUCUCUGCCUUGACACAAGAGCAAGGCCUGACGAGUGGCAUCAUUUCAGAUACCUACUGAUGCAGUUUAACCGUCUCUGACUGAAUGGUGCAGUAUAUAUAGGUAGAUGUGAUGCUUUGAUUCAUUAAGAUUUAAGAAAAACGAUUUAUUGACAAAGUUGUAUGUGAAUAUAUUUACUUUCUAUACAGAGUAUAUAUUUGAGGGGUCACUCAGUAAUUCUGUAUGCUCAUCAUAUAAAAUUUUAUGUGAUUGCAUAGAUUAUAAAACCCAUCAUCUCCUAAGCUAUGGAUGUACUGUAUGUAGACUCACUUAAUUGUUUAAAAUGCCAAAUUAUUGAAGAGGAAACUGGUGCAAUGGGUUGGAUGUUCCAAGACAAGUAGGCCUGUUUAGUUUGUGUACAUUAGAUGUGUUAGGUCUGUGUGUUUUAUGUUUAGUUUUUUUGUUUUUUGGUAUUCAUUUCAAAGUAAUUUUUUGAAAGAUGUUUUGUUGCAGCACCCAAUACCCAAAACCAAACAUUUUCUCCCAGUUCACUGAAACUUACUACACAUUCAGGGCGAUAUUGGAUGCUACGACAAAAUCAGGACAAUUCUGGUUUGUUACAACUUGAGUCUUAAAAUAUUGUAGAUUUCUAUCAGUAAUAAUAACACUGUACUCACCAAAGUAUUGUUGAGAUCUGGAAACGUCACUAUAACGAAGCCAAAAGGGCAAGAAACCCAGUCAGUCAGACCAUCAGACAGGUCGGAAAGAAACCAAUAAUUAAUCCAGAUUAUUUAAACCAAGGUUCCCAACCACCUAGGACUAGUACUGGGCCACAGAACCUUUGCUAUCAGGCUGCAAGGAAACAAUAGGAUUAAGCAAAAAAAGCCGAGUAACAAUGACAUAACUUUAUAGCAUCGUGGUAUUUAAUUACCUUGAACUUGGGUCAGUCUGUACUGCAGUUAUCUUCAUCACUCCCGGUCACACUACCAGCAACAAUAUAUUGAUUCUGAACAAAAACAGGUGAUCUGUAUGUGAGGUAACCAGUCUACCAACACCUUUCAGCAUUCAGCUGGACAUGAAAUCUGUGUGAGGACACCUAAGUGUUGCUGAGAGGUUUAUCCAUUGGGGGUAAGCACAGUAAAACACAGACCAAACUGGGGCAUCCUUGUGGAUUAUUGUGUAGGUGCAAACCAUAAAACCACAGUGUCAACCACAAGAUGCCCCUCUCUCUUGCCAUGUUUCCUUCAGACCCAAGUUGUAUAAAACCAGAAUUUCCCUUUAUGAACUAUAUUCAUUUUGAGGAAGUAGCUAAAGUUUAUUGUUCAGUAUCUUUAAAUUAUACAGGUCCAGUUAAUUAAUUUCUCAUUUUGUCCACCAAGGUUGUAAGUUACUUACAUCUUUCAAAAAGUCCCAGAAUUUGUUUUGAGAUCGUGCUUUCAGCCAUUUUGUACGAAUACACUUUUCAAAUGGUCAACAUCACAUUUUAGAAACUACAUUCCUCCUUGUGCUCCUCAUACACUGGUCAAUGUUCAUAGAAUUCCUCCAGAUGGUAUUAAACCAGCUGGAGGAGAUAUGGGUUUAAUAAUUAAAACUAAUGAUGAACCUAUUUAAUGAAAGUUUCUAUUGAACCACAUGAAGUUGUUUGCUUUUAUUGUCAGGUGUUGCAUGUUUCUACCAAACUGACUCAUGAGACAGUUUAGUCCAGUGUAUACACUCAUGCUGUCAUUUCUCACAUGUUGUCUGAAUGACUUUUUUUGUGAUAUUUCUGAUAUGAUUGCGUGUGUACAGUGUCUCUGUAUAUUGGAUUUUUUUUCGUACCAUACUCCAGUUGGAAUAUGUGUGGCAGUUGAACUCUUCAGUAGGAGAGGAGGUGACGAGCAGCAGCUUAACGUUGCUGUUACAGUGCAACUGUGCACAUUUCUUACUUGGAGCUGUAAAAGAUGUUUGUGUGGUUAAAUUGUUGUUUUUGCUACUAAGAUAAAAGACAUGCCAUGUGG